AUGAUCAAAGUUCAGCUGCUGCUUCUACUGGCCCUGGUCGGCCCCCUCUGUGGCGUCGCACACGCAAGCACACUGGUGACACCAGUAGAGCUGGUGACAGAUUCCCCUGCUGUUCCCGAGGCCACCAAGCCCCUCAAAGAGGAAGAUCCCAUAGUCACCCAUGCCCCUUCAGCUGAACCCGAGGCUGCGGCCGAGGAUGUCGUAACGGACACCCCUGCCGCCGAGGAUGUCGUAACGAACACCCCAGCGGCCGAGGAUGUCGUAACGGACACCCCUGCCGGAGAAGAAACCGCCGCUACUGAGGCUGCUGCCACGGAGGUCGCUCCUGUGGAGACCGAAGCCCCUGCCACUGAAGCUGCCAAGCAGGAGGCGGCCACAACUAACGCCCCUGCCAUCAUCACCGAGGCCCCGGCGGAGCCCGAAGCCGAGGCCACGACAGCUGCAGAGGCUAAGGAGGAGGUGGAGGUGGAGGAACCAGAGGAGGGUAUGGGCUCUGGACAAGUGGUUGGUAUUGGGAUUGGUGCAUUGGUGGCAGUGAUCGUUGUCAUCGCCGUGGUGAUCGCCGUGGUGAGGAGAAUGGGCAAAUACUCGCAGCGUCCCAACGCCCACUGCCGCAGUCCGCCAGCUUCAGCCCCCUUUACCUCUGCUCUCUCUCUCUCCACACUGGGAACAAUGGAGUCUUUUGAGAGGGAGAAGAUGGAGAAGCUAUGGGCCGUUGUGAAGCUCACCAGCUCUGCUCUCCUUCUGCCAUCACUGUGUUCCAGCGGGGUCCGUGGUGCUGCAGCUGAGCAGGAGCUGAGUCGCCCAGCCCCCUGUCUCCACUGCACCUCGUGCGUCACAACCCUCCAGCAGCAGUGUCCUCAGAUGCAGUCCUGCAAACGCAAAGAGACACCAUCGAUGCUAAUAACGAGGUCUGAGCUGAGAGGUUCUCCCACCUGCCGAUCCCUGCAAAAGGUUGCUGUGUCAGAGGACUCCAAAGAGAAGAGUACACAGCUUCCCAAGGCCAUGGAAGACUCUCACACUUUAUACAUCUCAGAGUUGGGAGAUGAUGACAAUUUAGAGGAGGAGGAUAAGGAGCUUGAGGAAACUCACUGCAGUCUUUAUUUAAUGUCCAUGGAAACGGAUGAGCUGGCAGAUUCAAACACAAGUUGCCAAAAACCUGAGGCCAAAGGCUGUGACCUGAAGCAGGAUUUAGGAUCGGUCUCCCAUUCAACAACCCCUGAGCUCCCAGAGAAUCCUGACCAUGACCCUGAUACAGAGAACAGGUGUCUACGUCAGAUGAACAUGGAGAAUUACAGGGUGGUCACACUUGCAAGUAUUGCAAAAAGGUUUUUAGCACACAUACAAACAUGCGACGACAUCAGCGCAGGAUCCACGAGCGCCAUCUCCGGCUCAAAGAUGCAAGAUGGCCUCAAACCCAGCUUUGCCCUGAUCACAGAAGGCCAGAAGCUGUGUUCACCACUUUCCCUGACUGUCCUCCCAGCAGGAUUGGGGAGGUUUAAAAGAAGGACAGGGUCUCCCCCAAACUCACCACAACAAAGCCCUAUGUUGAAUGUUGAAAGCACAACAGAUGUGGGUGUUUCUAUUGCUGUCAAUGCCCCAACUUCAGAGAGCCAAUGCAGUUCACCCGCAUGCAGUUUAUCCAGUAAUGAUGAGAGUGAGAUCUCCAACAGUCCACCAGUAAACGAUGCAAUGACAACUCGUCUCUUGCCAGAGGGAUGGUCCCCAAUGAGUGGGGGUAGUUCCUGCAACCAGCAACCUUUGGACCUCUCAAACGCUGUCAAGAAAAGUGAAGACGAAGCCCUGCGGGAAGCUGUGUUGGACUUGAGUGUGCACAGAAAGAGUGCAGAUGAUUCAGAAGCAAAGAGAAUUUUAGUUCCACAACCCUUAAAUAAAAAGAGGAAGCCAAACACCAGCAUGUUGGAGAAGGUGCUGAUGAAUGAGUACGCAAACUUAGAGGUUGCUGCAGAGCACGAAUUAAGUAUAUUAGAAAAUCAUGAUGCACCAUUAGGUACAGACUUUGCCAUAGUUACUGCUUCGUAUAUGUCACCUGCUACUGAAGGCGAGGUGUUCGGAUUAACUUUGCCCUCUUCAGCACUUAGUCCAUCCCCUUCCUCUCUAGCUUCAGUCACCAGGCAAUCGAUCUCACCAUGCACCAUAGCACUUGCUUCCCCAUCUCCACAUCCAGUCUUACCCACUGCUCCGUCGCUAAUUACUGUUUUAGCACCACCAACAUCUUCCUCUAGCAAUUUCACAAAUCAACCUAUCCUUCAAGUAUUGGCCCCUAAGAUAUCUCCUAAACCUUUAAUAAUCUGCACUGAAAAUUCAUUGAAUUCAGCUGAGUGUGAGUGGAGAGCUGCUUUGCCAGAUUGGGCUACCUCUAAUUCUGCAAGCCAACUUGCCAUCUCUAAACCCCUUGACCCAACUCUCAAUAUACAAGGGCAUGUGUUUCUCACAGAUCACACUAUAAAUCAAAUAGCUCUGAACACUACCACAGUUGAUUCCAACAUUGGAUUUGAAGUGCCAACAUGCUCUCCAGCUUUAACUCUAAACGAUUCCCUUAUCAACUCCUUUGACAUUACUAGUAAUACUGUUUUAAUUGAAUGCACAGUUGCUCUUGAAACCCCAGAGAACCUUGUCCCUACCACAAUUGCUUUCCAAGAAAAUAAUUUUGAAUCCACAGCACCUGCGCAAAUUGUCAUAAAUCAGCAGCAGCUUCUGUCCUUGCCUCAUGAAACCGUUGACCCUACUAUUUUAGUAUCUUCUUUAGAGCAAUCGGUUACCCUUUCAACACUGUCUGCAGUCAUAUCUGAAUGUCAAGAAUCCAUUUCCUCCCCUGUUCCUGCCAUUAUUAAAAGGGAAUCUAACCAAAAGGUAGUAUCAGAGGACAUAUCUAUCUGCCCCUCUAAAACAGCACCUCCCUCUGAGGGCACAAGUCAAGUGGAAGAAUCAUCAAAUGAGACCCUCUCCAAGCUACAAGAGACUUUCACUAAGGAAUUCAUAUGCAAUGUAUGUGAUAAGCUUUUUCAUUCAAUGAAGGAACUGGGUCAUCAUGUAAGUGAGCAUUCUGAUGAAUGGCCAUACAAAUGUGAGUUCUGUGUGCUGCUCUUUGGGAAGCCCACGGCAUUGCUUGAUCACAGGUCAACCCUCCAUGGCGUCGGCAAGAGCUAUGUUUGCUGCACAUGUACAAAGGAAUUUGCUUAUCUUUGCAACCUGAAACAUCAUCAAAAGGAGUUGCACCCUGGCCAGGAAUGCAAAUACACAGAGGAAGAAAAUGGCAAGCUACGACCCCAGAACUACAACAAUUCAACAAAAGUUAGCACAGAGGCUUUGUCCUACUGUGCCAUGGCGGAGUCCAAUAAACCUGUCAUAAAAGAUGAGGGAGAAUUAGAUGACGCUACUGAGGAACUCUUUACCACAAUAAAGAUAAUGGCUUCUGAGGGAGGAAAACCCAAAGGCCUGGAUGUUUGUCUUGGCAUCAACCAACACUAUCCCAGUUUUAAGCCGCCUCCGUUUCCCUAUCACAACCGGACACCUGUUGGCUCUGUAGCCUCAGCUACCAACUUCACCACCCACAACAUCCCACAAACCUUCAGCACUGCUAUCCGAUGCACUAAAUGUGGCAAUAGCUUUGAUAACAUGCCAGAGCUGCACAAACACAUUCUUGCCUGUGCAAAUGCCAGUGACAAAAGACGCUACACACCCAAUAAGAACCCCAUUCCUCUUCGUCACUUUGCAAAAGCCCAAAAUGGAGUACUGUCCUCUACUAAUUCCACAAAUGGCCAAAAUGCUCUACACACGGCAAGUCAAACAAAUCGUCCCAAACUCAAUCAGGAGCCACCUGCCAAGUUGAAGCUUAAUGCACUCAACAAAAGGAAAAAACAUCUGGUACAGAGGGCCAUUUCACAGAGGAGUAAGUCUACCUCUUUGACAAAGAAAACCUCUUCUCUAGUGAAUGAGGAGCAAGAGAUCUAUGUCUGUCCACAUUGCAUUAGAGAAUUCACAUACCGCCGCAGCCGAACCAAGCACAUGGCCGUCUGCCCCAGGAAACCUGCUGCCAAAGAGGCCAAGAAAAGAAAAGAUGGCAGUAUCUCUUACACUAAGGAAAAUAACGGCCACCUUCGCAGAGAAGUCCUUCAUUUGGAAGAGAAAUCUGACCAUGAACAGAAAAGCAGAGCCCAUAGUUCUAGUCCAACAAAGAGGACAGCCAUAUUACCAGCUCAUAAAGUCCUGUCAAACAAAAAAAGUAAAGCCAUCAUUGCAAUGGCAAGUGUCCAAACACCGCAGGAGGCACCCAAACUGACUGCACUGUCUCUUGUUCGCCCUUUCAACUCCCCACAACGUCAAGGCAAUAGGAUGCAGCAUGGUGUAAAGGAAAUUUGUUCAAACAUUACACUGGUGAAAUCCCACCAACAACAACCACAGGUGGAUGAGCACCCCUGCAGUCAGAGUGGAAGGGUGAGGGGACCAGUGACCCGCAGUCUACAGCAGAUUGUCGUCACAGCUUCAGCAAAGGAAGAACAGCUGACCAGUCAGGAGCCACCAAGGGAUCUGCAGGAUCCUUCAAUUUGAGAUUCAUCCAAUGGACUGCUUCAGACAGUGGACAAUUGAGGAUCAUGAUACAUUUGUGGAGGCUUAAUGAAAUAAAAACAAAUGCAAGAAGAGAUGGAGAAUGCAGCAGUGGGUAGGUGCAAUCGGACAAUGUAUGGAGGCUUUCAGAGAACAUUUUUGUUGUGCAUUUCUUGUCCUUUUCAUAGAAUGUUUGGAAAAGACUGCUGUGCACUUUGAGAAACUUUACCUGUGAUGGGCACGUGCAUCACAGAAUAAGUAAUCUGAUGAUUAUCUGAAAAAAUUACUUAAUUUAAAAAGCCCAUCCCUAUGAAUAACUAGUGAGGUUUGCAAGUGGCAAUCAUAGGGGCAUGCAGUUAUUACAUUUUGUUCAGUUAUCUAUAUGUGUACUGUUAUGUGGCCUUUUUAUUUUGAACCUAAAUGCAUGCUACCAGUUUAUUGUAGUAUUAGAUUGCCCCUUUCUCACUGAGUCUGUCCAAUUUUAAACCACACUUUUUAGGUUUGAAUGAUCAUCAACUUGUGAAACUCUGGAUCUCUUAAAAGGAUAGUUUUCCAAAUGUUUAACGUAAUCGUAAUAAUUGUCAUACCUCAAGAGGAGUUAUGUGGCUGUCUUUGAAUUUUUAUACAAGCUCCAAGGAAAGCCCUGAGAAGUAAACAAUGCAUGGAAUGUGAGUAUAAAAACCUAGAGCUGGGCGAUUAUUUGAUUAAUUGGAAUGUAUGUUUAGCGCGAUAUUCCAAAUGCCUCUAUCUCAGGAAUCCAUUUUUUUUUUUAAAUAUUUUUUUUAAUGAGCGUUUGUCUGAUUUUUCUCACGUUGUAACUACACAUUUACACACACCAAGCCCAGCCCCCUGCCACUCACAACAACAAAGAUGAGAGAUCACUUCUUCUCUGACAGUGGUUUCAACUCUCAUUUGCAUUUUAGGUUUGGUCCGACAGAAUCUGUCAUGGAAACCAAAACCCAUAAAAAGGUUAAUCUCCUCUAUUACAGUAAAGUAAUGUUUCUAAUGGAGACCCCCUGGGGGUUAGGGGGCCCCAGAUAGCAUAUGAACACUCAUAAAUAAUGGCAAAAUGUGUAGAAUUGCAGGAAAUUUGCUUUAAUGGUUGACUUUGGGUGCGAUAAACGGUCCAACUUCUCAAUUGUCAAACAGAAAUGGGGUGUGCCUUGGGUGUCAUCCUGGUCAUGCGCGGCGUGACUGACGUAGCUAGUUUGUUAGCUAAGAUAGCCACUUCUAGCUAGCCAGUAACUCCUCCAGUAUGUGUUGACGUCAUCUCACACGAUUUGUUUUUGGACGGAAGCUGUAGAGAUUGGCAAGAAAUGGAACUUCUAUAGCCAAAUAUCUUAUUCAUCAGUAUAUAUUUUUAUUUACACAUUACAUUACCUUGGAAUUAUGGUGCAUUGAUCAGUUAUACAGUUUAAAGCUGUUAUUUUAGAGUUUUUGCCCAAAGUCUACCUUUUUUAAAGUAGCAUUCCAGUGUUUCCAGACGUCUAUGAAAUAUGAUCUAUAUUUAAUUACAAUACGAGUUAAAUAUUUUUUCUUCCAAUAUUUUUUUAUUAUGUUAAAAAGCAGCUGGGUGUAUACCAGUCAUUAAAAUUAUUCAUGGAAGUAGGCCGCUGAUUGGCCAGCUCAUCCUCCUCUUUGAAGAAAUGGCAAGCAUUUAUUUUAUUUUUUAUGGUCUGUUUGAGAUAUAGUUAUAAUUAUCUCAAACAGACGGGGACCCCCGUCUACUGUUCGUUGUGGACUUGUCAUUGAGAGAUUGUUUAUGAGACCUGUGUUAAUAAUUUUCUAUAAUGCCUCCAACAAGAAGUUAGUCAUUAUUAGUGAAUGUGCAUUAUGCAUGGUUCUGGUUAAAUUUUUAACAAAAGACUUGAAAACCAGAUCAGUGAUUAUUGCAGAAAAGCAAUUUAAACAAUGACAUUAUUAAUUGGGUCUUAUGGUUGUGGAAGGAUUAUAUUUACCCUAGGUAUAAUUUCACAAGCCAUGCAUUCUUUAGAUUAUUGCUGCCUGUUUUAAAUGCAGGGUAUUUUACCUUUAAUUGUACAACAAAGCUUAUUUAAAGAGAACGUUUUUUUUUUAAUUGACGUAUAUCGUGAUGCGAACCUAUGUUUGAAAAAAUUGAGAUUUUUUUUGGACAUAUCGCCCAGCCCUAUUAAAAACCUAGACUAAAAAGUAAUGUUCUGAAAUCUUUCAUUCAAUGUCAAACACGGAUCUUCGCUAUUGAUAUUGUCACAAUAUAACUUGAAUUGAACUAUUUUAGGCAAGACUUCAUACUCACAUUACAUGCAAUGUUUAGUUCACAGGGAUUUCCAUAUAGCUUGUAUGCAAAUUGAAAGAUGGUUAUAACUCAUCGUGAGCUAAGAAAACAAUUAACAUUGCAAUACCCCUGUGGUGCUGUUUUGCCCAAUGCGGAUCUCAGCUUUAAAGGUGAAUUCUGUAAGAAUUAAACAUCUUGAAGGCCCUUAAAGCUAGAGUCCGGGAUUGAUAUAUCCAUAAAUGAAUUAUAUACAGCCCAUGAUUUUUGAAGAAUUUAACUUCUACAUACCUGCAUUAGCGUACAACUGCCUUACCCAAUCAUAGCCCAAAAUAUAAGCUUGUAAUUGUAAACAAAAAAGCAUCACAAACAAAUUAACUAAUGUGGUUGUCAUGGACUGUCAGUCCUUGCAUUUAGAUCAGUGUGUAUGAAUUUGAGAGGGCUACAUUUCCCUAGCACCAUCCCUCCGCUGUAUACUAAAUUAGGAGGCAGGGCAGCUGUUUUGUUUUUUGACAGUAGAUUUCAAAAACCAAAUGGCAGCCCUGCCACUUGUUUAGGCACUUCCUGUUCAGCCAGCAGACUAUGUGAACAAUGGAGAUGUUUUUAUGACCAGUUAACCUAAAUCAAGGAGUUUUUGCACAUUUUUAUAUACAAUUAGGUCAAUUUAGGCACAUUUUUCAAGCCCAUGCAAACCUGCAGAAACCUAAUUGUGGAUUAUGGAAGAUAUAUUACGCUGCACAAAGCCAAAUCCUUUAAUAUUUUGAAGCAAAUCAUGUUUUUGUUUGUAAACAAUGGAGUAAUAAAGGCAUAUUUUGAGCUGUGGUAGACAGCUGUGCUAAGCUUGUAAAGCA